GGUCUACUGUCGUUUCCUUUUUUUUUAUUUUGUCAAGUUGUCGAUUAAGUGAGAUACACGUUCAUGAGAAUAACUUGAUCAAACUCUCUCAAGACUUUUCUCUAAUAAGUCUCCUGAUCCUCAUCUUCUUUCUCAUUGAGUACUCACUUGGUCGUUCGUCAUCGAGAAAUCAGAGAUACGUGCGAAAAUGGCGCCAAAGUUCGACACGGAUAUGAUGCAGGAACGACAGAACUUCCGUAACGUCUGGCACACUGAUCUCACUCACACCAUCCAGGGCGAUACUCCCUAUUGCUGUUUCGCGUUGUGGUGUGCCCCUUGUGCAUCAUACUUGCUUCGCAAGCGUGCGCUUUACAAUGACAUGUCUAGGUACACAUGCUGCGCUGGUUACAUGCCCUGUAGCGGCAGGUGUGGAGAAACCAAAUGUCCUCAAUUUUGCCUUGCCACUGAAGUUUUUUGCUGCUUUGGAACCUCUGUGGCCUCGACUCGUUUCCUUCUUCAAGACGAGUUUCAAAUCCAGACGACUCAAUGUGACAACUGCAUCAUUGGUUUUAUGGUUUGCCUCAGCCAAGUGGCUUGCAUAUUCUCCAUUGUUGCAUGUAUCGUUGGCAUUGAUGAGCUUUCAGAAGCUUCUCAGUUGCUCUCUUGCUUAGCUGACAUGGUGUACUGCACGGUUUGCGCUUGUAUGCAGACACAACACAAGGUGGAAAUGGACAAGAGAGAUGGUAAGUUCGGUCCACAACCAAUGGCUGUGCCUCCUCCUCAGGUAAUGUCACGCAUUGAUCAAGCCACUCCACCUGCAAUCGGUUAUCCUCCACAAGGUUAUCCACCUCCUGGCUACCCUCAGAACCCUCCAGCUUAUCCCCAGUACCCUCCUGGUCCGGCUUAUCCCCCUCAAGGUUACCCAAAGUAAUCACUCUUUGUCUGGUUUGAAUAUUAUUUCAUCUUAAAAAAAACAAAAAAAAAAAAAAAAAAAAAAAAAUAUUUCAUCUUUCUUUUUUGUUCAUUUUUGUAUAUGCUGUGCGCUUUUCAAAGUGUUGAAUGUUUGCGGAUCGUUUCGAGGUCAUUGUCUGGUGUAUAAGACUUUACCUCAAAUCAUGUUGUUAUCUGAGACGUCCCUCUUGGACUCAAUCAUGUGAUGUGUUUUUUCUUUUCUUUUGAUUUA